UUUUUUUAAUUUUAGGAAGAGAAGGAAAGAUUCUGAUUUUAUUGUAAAGAAGAAUGAGAAGCGUCGACAAAUAAUUGACAACGACGAUGAACCUGAAGUAGUCGUUAAGAAGAAGAAAGAAAAAUAAUUUUGACGGGGUUUAGUAAAUAAAAUUUUAAAUAAAUUGACUUUUUUUCAUUUUUGUUUUUGUUGGUGGCGCACUCUUUUGUGGUGCUACAUAGAAAAACUUUUUUUCUGAGUCUGAAACUUUAUGCAUUUUGAACCAUCUUCUUUUACCUUUCGACUAUGAAGAUUGCCUAAAUCUUACUUGCCGUAAAACAAUUCUUCCCUGCUCUAUUAAAUAAAUCUCAAUAUAUGUAUCUGAUGUGAUUUUCCUUUUCAGUCAUUUCGUAUUUAAUUUUUGUUUCGUUUCAUUUGUUUGAAGAAAAUCUGAAUGACAGAUUCAGAUCAGUCCAAUUAUAAAAAAGAUGCCGCAUCUUGAAGUCUUUGAAUGAUACAAAAAUUAUUUCAGAUCGAACAAAAAAUUUUAAACGUACUCUGAAUAGGCUUGCACUGAAUCGACCUACAAUUUAGAAAGCCUUUUUAUUGCCAUAAUUUUUGUUUUAUUGGUUUUAUUUAGUUUUUACUGCAAUAUUUCCCUAGAUUUUUUAUUUUUUUAAGAUUUAUUUCAAAUUUCUGUAUUCAUUUUCUUCUAAAAUGAGCAAAAGCAAAAAUGACAAAAAACAAAAUAUUUCCUCGGAUUCUGAUAAUGAGGAGUUGGCAUUAAAUGAUGAUGAAUUUGACCUUUCAAUGGAUGAGGAUGAACGUGAACGUUUUAAUCAAAUGUCUGAAAAAGAACGAGAAAUUGAAAUCUUUAAACGGCUCGAACAACGCGAACUUAUGAAAACGAGGGAGCAAAUAAAGCGUAAACUCGAAAUGGCUGCAGGAAAAAAUGAAACAAACAUUGUAAAAAGGAAACGACGAUUAUCCCGUGACACUGAUGAUAGCGAUAAUGAAAAGAAUGGGGAUAAAAAAAGUUCUGACGAGGAAGGGGAAUUACCUGCUGAAGAUAAAGAUGAGACUAGUAGUGAUGAUGACGAUAAUAUAAUAAAUAACAGCAAGCCUAGUUCUUCGGUAGAAAAACAUAAGCAUAAAUCAAUUACAAAAAUGUCAGUCAGCACAGCGGAUAUAGAAGAUGAAGACACGGCCUACCACAAACCUUCAGAACUGGCAAAUAAAUACAAUAAGAAAAUGGCAAUGGCUGAUCUACUCAAUAAACGGCGGGAUAAAAAACAAGCUGAAGAAAAACGUAAAAAAGAAAAUCAAAAAGCAGCUUUGGAUCUCGACGAAAUUUUUGGAAAAGAAGAUGGAAAAUCUAGUAGUUCUAGUUCUCCUGCUUCUUCGCGUUCUUCUAGCCCUGUAUAUGGAAAGUCACGAUCCCCUUCUCCAGUCGCCCAGCCUAUUGCCCAAGUUGUUGAUGUUGUUGAGACUGCUAAAGUCUAUGAAGUGGAACCCAAUACCGACAUACGCACUAAUAAAGGCUUAAAACUUAAAAUUUGCAAUAACGAUGCUCAACGUGUCAUUCGCCUCGAAUUUGUUUCGAACAGUAAUUUUACAGAAACUGAAUAUUCAUUUUGGUUAAACAGAAUGAAAGAAACAGAAACUUCACUUCCAACAAUUGAUUUUGUUAAGAAAAAACAAAAAGAAAUGCACGAUGCGUUAAACUACAAAUUUACUGAUUCUGAAAUUAAUUUAAUGGUUCGGGAGAAGCAGCGUUUCAAAAAACAACCAACGAAUUUUGCUUUUGAGAAGUCGGAGUUGAUUAAACAAAAGGUUGGUUUAUAUUUUUUAAUUAUAUGUAUAGGAAUGGUAAUAAGGCGGGGGAAAAAAUAA